CUGCAAGCAGGUGAUCGAAUGUGGUAUCCAGAGCAAUCAUGGCUGCUGCAGAAGCCGCAUGGCGAUGUCUUUCGCAGUGUGAGGAGGAUGGCCAGCUGACUGGAGAUAAGCUGGCCGCUGCAGACCUUGCCUGCAAGCAUCUGCGCAGAGCCAUUGCGAAGGAAGAAGAUGGUCCCAGCGUCCCUGAUUGCCUGCGCCCUAUGCCUUCAGUUCUUGUAACUCUAGUGAAGAACAAGUCUGUCUCUGCACUCAGACUCAUUGGCGCCCUUGCCCUCCAUUCCCUGGCUAGCAACAGGGCGCUAGCGCAGCAGGAGGGGCUCAUUCACACCCUCGUGGCAUGCCUGGCAGACGCUGGCUCAGGCAAGGUUCUCGAGGCCUGUGUGAAUGCACUCUCAGAUCUGGCGACCUCAGACGAGGGGAGCGCAGCGCUGGUUGCACAAGGGGCGCUCCCAGUGCUCAUGGACCGCCUCAUCGACCUUGCUCCCACCUGCCCCACCACCCCCAGGAAACGCAAACGAAGAGCAUCCAACACCCCUACCGCCUUAUUCCCCCUGCUCGACGCCAUCUUCGCGCUGCUCUUUUGUCAAGCCGCUCCAGCCAUUGGCGAGCUGCCACGUGGCAGGUCCUCCCUGGCCCUUGAGGCACUCUCGUCAGCAACUAGCGAUGCUGAAAUCAGAGGUGAACUGUCCCCGAAACAGACGGCUAAAGUCUGCGCGCUGGCCGCAAGGUUCUCCCUCGAGGGGGGUGCUGCUGACUUCAGCUUCGAGAAUGACGUCACUGCCAGUGCGGAGGCCCACGGCACUGCUAUCGAAGAAGCACGCUCGGGCUUUGGGACUCUGGUCGGUUUUGGGGCGGCGGGGUUGGGGGGUUUUCUGCAAACGGUGUGGGAACAGCGGCCGGCGUUCUUUCCAGCUGAUACGAGUAAGGAGCCUGAGGCUGACGGAAGGGGCUUUCCGUGGCCCCUGAGUGGGGUAAAGGGUUCGGAAGAUUCAGAAGAGUUCUUUGAGUUCCUGGAAGGGGCAGUCGGAUGCCCCUCCCCAGCCGCCGAGGAGUGUGACGUCAUCACGGCGUUGCGGGAGGCCUCGGAGGAGCUCGGGGGCCCGCUCGUGUAUGGGCGUGACGUCACUUUAGUCAAGACAGUUGCCGGGCAGCUUGUGCACUUCGAUGGCAAAACGGGGCAAUCCGGUUCAGCUUCAGAAGCGGUUUCGAAAGUGGGCUCGGCAGAAUCGGCUCGGACUGAUGUCGAUGGCCCAGGGGGAUCCCUUCCAGUCACCGAAACCAACUUGGCUAACCCACGGUUCGUGAGCGCUGGUGACUGCCGGGAAGCCUUCAAAAACGGGUUUAGCGUUGCCGUACGGGGCCUCCAGUGCCGGAUCUCGGAGAUUGCGCAGUUAGCCAAUAACAUGGCACUCGCUUUAGGCCAAGCGGGGGUCGGGGUUAACGCCUAUCUAACCCCCGCUAACUCCCAGGGGUUAGCGGCCCACUACGACGACCACUGCGUGUUUGUCUGCCAGCUGGCGGGGUCCAAGCUCUGGCGGCUUUACGAGCCGCUCGAGAGCGAGCAGAUGCCGCGUUUGUAUGCUCCCAGAUUGGAACCGGAACUCGCCGGGAGUAUUUGUAGCGAGUUUAAGAUGCGGAAAGGAGACGUGUUGUAUAUUCCGAGGGGAUGGACACACGUCGCGACGGCGUUGGACGUGGAGUCGCUGCACGUGACGUUCGGAGUCGAAGUCGAGGAGCCCUUCAGCUGGGAAGGCUUCCUCAAUGCUGCUGUCCAGGCCGCCACUCUUCCUGUCGACCUUUCCGGUUUUCCAUCCGAACAGUCGGUCGAAGUACCGCCGAAAUGUCCUCUCUCAAUGCGCGACCCGGUCAGUUCGCCUUCCGGCGGAGGGCAUUCCGAGAAAAGCAGGGUGUCCAGCGGAAGCGUUGCGAAGUCGGGGGAUCCGCGGCCCUGCUGUCGAUGCUAUGAAGCCGUCCACGUUGUGGCCGACUCGAUUCCGGAGCUCCGCAAGGCCUGCCUACUUGGCGCGGUUCAGGGCAGCGGGAGCCUCGCUUCGUCUAUAAGUAAUGAACCGGAACGGAACCGGAUGCCUGCGGAAGUCGCUCAUCGGAGCGCUUUGAGAGUGGCGAAAGUCUCGGAGCCCUCCCAUUCGGAUGGGUUCGGCGCAAGCAAUGUCAAAUGGAAUGAAGACCCGGAGAAAAGCCUAGCGAGCAGACCUCUUGGCAAGUCCAACAUUGAGCAUAUUUCGGUAUUUGAAAGCGCAUUAGAUACGGCGGUCUCCCAGAUCGGGGUUGAAACAAAAGCUACCUCCGCUUCUACUGCACUGGGUGACUUCAUUUUGACGGAAGCAGCGGUUGAGUCAGAGUUUGAGUACAUUUGGGGACGAGUUCGAGCCCAGGCGCUUGGGAAGAGCGAGAAAUGUGCGGAUAGGAGGUUAAGCGCCCAUCUGCUGGAGAAGGAGACCUUACAGAAAGCUGAUUCCUCGCUUUCUUCUAAUGGAUCUGACGGGCAAGCGGCAGCAGAUCUACAAGCAGAGGGUAAAAAUGGGUCCUGCUCUGGUUGCAUUGAGGCCGCUCGAUUUGGAACGGGGAAAAAGCAGUACUUGCAGCGGCUAAGAGAGUAUCAAAAGGCACGAAGACUGUGGACGGAGGCAAUGAUCGCUGUACAGUCAUUUUUAAAGGGUUACCAUUUAUAAAAAUUAGGCACCGGCCCGAAAUUGUUGCAGGAACUGGGA